AUGGAUUCCCGCCAUGAUCCUUUCGUGGUUGCACCGUCACCUCCAAGUGCGGGUCGUCACCGAUUGUCCACAUUCGACUCCCAAUUUUCGCUAAGUCCCAAUGCCUCGCCGACCCAGGCGAAACGUGCUUUGGAAGCUCAUCUCGCAGAGACCGACCGAAGGAUGGAAGAAGCUGGGAAACUAGGCACUGCUUUGCUGCAACAACGUAAGGAACUGAGCCUGAGAUUAAUGGAAGUUGAGAAGCAGCAGGCCGAAGGGGAGCUCUCUGAUGACUUGCGCCAAAGGCUGGCCGAGAUUGAAAAGGAUUAUAAUGAUGUGGCUAGGGAGAGCGCACGGGCAUUUAUGCCGAAGCAGAGAAUACCUAGCAACGAAGCUACUACUGGAUCGCCGUAUGCACCAGAUAGCAAAGGAGGGAGGCGUUCCGUGAGCCCUUCCAAGUUCGAAGGCCAGGCAACCGCAUCUCCAACCAAAUUCAGUGUCCCCAACCGAAAAGUUCGGAAUCAACCUGCUAAUCGAAUACACGAUAUCGAGUUCGCGGCCGAGAUCAGCACAUCUUUGAUCGCCCAGGUGCGCAAUUUACAGGGCCUGCUUGCCGAGAAGGAAGAAGAGUUGAAGGAAAUCAGAGCCGAGAAGUCCAAGCUUGAAUACGAGGCAGAGGGUUUUCAACAACGAGUCAAGACUUUAGAUGAAAGUGAACAUCGUUACAAGGAUGAGAACUGGAGUCUGGAGACUCAGGUUCACGAUCUUUUGGCAAAGGAGAGAGAGGCCGAGGAACGAUACAAGAAAUUACAACAGACUCUAACUGUUCUUCAAGCUGAAAAGAGUUCGACCCAGAGGGAGUUGGACGAGGUUAAGCUGAACCAUGCAAGGCUCAGCGAGGAGUAUGCUGCGGCAGUCAAACAUCAUGACAUAGAACUUGGUUCUGCAAAACGUAAUCAGGUCAUCGCUGAUGCCGAACGAGCGGCACUGCGCAGAAGGAUAGAGGAUUUGACCGGACAGAACCAGGAGCUUGCCAGGGCCGUUGCUGCUUCGCAGAGAGCGCGGGUAGUCGAGCGAGAGUCAAUCCUUAAUAUGAACCAAGAGGAUUCGGAAUCUGCGCAAGAUAAAACUACUCCUGAACAUUCGCCACCUCCCUCACCUGUGAAAGGAACACCUCGGCAUGCCCUCUUGGAGACAGAAACGCUCAAGACGUCCUUAGGUCAUGCUCAUCGUACAAUUCAAGGACUGAGAAGCAAUGUGCAUAGGGAGAAGACCGAAAAGCUUGAAUUGAGGCGUAUGCUGCAAGAGGCUCGCGAUGAAUUAGAGAAGUUACGAAACGAACCGCAGCCACAGCCUAAGCGCACGCGUAAAGCUGAAGUGAAAGAACAAAGAAAGCCGUUGCGUCUCCUUGGUGGUCUGCGUACAGUUCGAAGUGAAGUUUUCUCGGAAGACUCGAAUUGGGAAGAUCAGCCCGAUACUACAAGUCCGGCUGUUUCAACAUUAGCUUCGCGCGGAUCCAAUAAGUUCGAAUCAGUCACCGAAGAGCCACAUGAGCAGUUUGAAAUGGCCAACGAGACAAGCGACGCUGCGUUUGAAACUGCGAAUGAGCCAGCGACUGAGACGGACGAUUUCCACACGGGCGCCGAGGAAUUUUCAAGUGACGAUGAUGCGGAGACAGAGACGGAAAGUCCAUCAAAGCGUCGUACACCUAGGAAUAGUAUUUCUAUUUUCCCUGGCCGUCCACGUAGCGGGUCUAUGCAUAGCACUGCUUCAACUGAAGAUGAAGAUUUCCCCUUCGGCAAUGACGCGGGAGCGCCCGUUACUUUGCCGCCCUUACACGCUAAAUUCCCUCUCCGGGUGAGUCGCGGAGCUUACCGUCGUCCUCAGCAGCCUAGUGAGGAGCCCGGGUUUCCUAGCAGCCCCCCAAGUAUUGCGAGUAGCAGCGUAGCAGGCACUCCUCAGCAGCCUAUCCAAAAUCUGGCUGCCGAACUAGGCGACUUCGAUGGUAGCGACAAUGAUUCGUACGUGUCUGGAACCCCUGGUGGAACUCCUGGUGGAACUCCUGGUGGCAGGUCUAUUAGAGGAAGGACUGUGUCGCCUCCACCACCGGUUCCUCCUCUGCCGUUGCCGAGGGCCCUUAUGGUGGAUAGUAGUACGAUGACAGACGAGUUGCCCCGUGUACAUCCCGUUCACGCCGCCGAGCUUGUGGCCCUUCAAGUUGAGCAUGAGAAGGCUCUACAAGAAGUCAGUGACGAAAAGGCUACUGCGUAUGCAACAGCUUUGGAUGAGCUCAGGAACAAACACGAAGAGCAGCUGAAUAAGAUGCAGCACGAAGUCAACCUCGCACAUACUCAUGAACUCGAGUUGUUAAAAUCAAGUCAUACAGAUGAGAUGAAUAAGUCUCUUGCAGAGUCCUCCAAGGCCAAAGCUCUCGAUGACCUCGCCACUAGCCAUUCGGAGCAGUUAGAAGACCUUCGCCAGAGUCACAUAGAUCAACUAGCAGCGUUGAAUGCUCAAUACGAGUCUGCUAAGACCAAGCUCACAGAAGACCUUGCCAAUUCACAUUCAGAAGAAAUGGCCGAAAUUCGGAAGAACUUCGAGUCAUCUAAAGCUGCUGAAAUGGCUGCGCUCAGUGAUAGUCAUGCUCAGAUUUUAGACACGCUCAAGAAAGAGCAUGCAACGGCAGAGUCGAAGAAACUACAGGAGUUAGCAGACGCCCACGCCCAGGCAUUAGAAAUCAUCAAGACCGAGCGCGAUGAGGCCGAGGCAAAGAAGUUGCAGGAGUUGACAAACGCUCAUCUCCGUGAAUUGGAAACCGUUCGACAAGCCAGUGAUGAGGCGAAGUUUGAGGCUCUCACGGUUCUAGCGGCAGCUCACGCAGUUGAGUUGGAAAGACUAAAGGAAACACACGAGCUCGAGGCUUUACGGUACUCUACAAUCAACUCAACUGAAACCGAGCCGGUUGAAGUGCCUGAACUUAGAAGCCCCAGGCGUGACGCGUUUAUUAUUCCCCGUGAAGAUCGCCCGGCACAUGUGUCAUCUGAUCCGACUGGGCUUGGACUGCUUGGGCGUAGAGGCGAGAGAGCAUCGACACCUGAGAUCGCUGAAGACGAUACUCGCCAGUCUCCAAGUGCUACUCCCGCUCUAGAGACGCCAGAAUUGAAGCAGCCGUUCAAAGAGUUAUCUACCAACACGAACGUUCGUCCUUCACAGAAACCGGCAAUCCAAACUUCCAGCCAAGGUUCUCAGACUACUCUUACUUCAGAUGGUCUUGAUCGAUUAUUGAAGCAGCGCAGUCACCUAUCCCCCGACUCCGUGACGAUUACGACCCCCCGGGGUGAGGUCACCGUGGCGCCCUUUGACGAAUUAGAAGCAAGACAGAAAGCCGGCGAUUCGAGCGUUGUCUCUACUGCUGAUCCGACUGCUGCACUGCGACCAGGUAGUUCAGCCAGUGCCCAAGCGUCUACUUCACCCAGACCACCUUUGCCCCUUAAUCAUCGCGAGGCGAUUGAGGCUGCAAGAACGCACUCAUCCGGCGGUGGAAGGGGAUCAAUGGGACCUCCGGCUCUUCCUGCAUCUGCGUAUGGCAAUUCAGGUUCGAGGCCGGAAACACCAAGUAGCAGACGUCCAUUGUCACCAAACUCGAUCGUCAGAGGCACGCCCACGCCCAAAGCUGGCCGAUCUUCGACUCCUGGCCAUGCCGAUAUCCACUCGAGUCAAAGAAUGCUUCUUCGCAGUAGACAAUCAUCUGUGUCGUCCUUUGCAUCCGAAAUAGAUACAAGGUUCAAUAUUCGUGGUAAUAUGGGCAUGGAUGCUUCGGCUUUUGGUCCUGGUACCGAUCCUCGCAUGAUCCAAGCUAUCACUCAGACCAUGAUUGGCGAGUAUCUUUGGAAGUACACGCGCAAGACCGGGCGUGGAGAAAUGUCUGAGAACAGGCAUAGGCGGUAUUUCUGGGUACAUCCUUACACCAGAACAUUAUACUGGAGCGACCGUGACCCGUCCACUGCCGGCCGAACCGAAUUGAGGGCAAAGAGUAUUCCGAUCGAGGCUGUACGCAUAGUCGGCGACGACAAUCCAAUGCCACCCGGCCUUCACAGAAAGAGUCUAAUAAUCGUUUCUCCCGGCCGGACAGUGAAAUUUACGUGUACUACCGGUCAACGGCAUGAGACCUGGUUCAAUGCACUGUCGUACCUCUUACUUCGAACAGGUGACGAAAGUCAGGUGGACGCUGAAGAGGUCGCCGGCCAAAUUACGCAAGAGGAUGUUGACGAGUUCAAUCCUUCAAUUCACCGACGACCAGUUAACGGUAACCGCUCGCGGCCUCCUCCGUCAUUGUCUUCAUAUAAUUCGGGAGGAACACGCACUGGUUCACCACGGGUGGAUGUGUCCAUGAGCAUCCCUACACUUACUCCCACACGUGAGAGAGAAUCUGUCCGAGGUGGUACUCUGGGAAGAUUGAGCGGGUAUUGGAAAUCAAGUUCGAUAAAUAGCACAUUCAGUAGCCUGAGAAGCAAAACCCACUUACCUCAAGAGGGCGCUAUUUACGAAGCAAGCGAGGUCCCUGACAGCGCCGAAGACCUAAGGCAAAUAAUAGAGGAGCAGGACCGAGCGUCCGACAGACUCGAGAAUGGAAACACGAUGUUGGAACCCUGUCGCACACCAAGCGUGGACGCAUCUCUACCUCGCUUUCACAAACCCAUUCUCACCCCGGACCAUCAACGACGCCGACACCUGGAAGUACUGCGCAGUCUCAAACAUAACCACGUAACUUGA